AUGCUCACACUCCCUCUCCCCACUGCUCCUCAUGUGGAACAGCCAUGCUCACACUCCCUCUCCCCACUGCUCCUCAUGUGGAACAGCCAUGCUCACACUCCCUCUCCCCACUGCUCCUCAUGUGGAACAGCCAUGCUCACACUCCCUCUCCCCACUGCUCCUCAUGUGGAACAGCCAUGCUCACACUCCCUCUCCCCACUGCUCCUCAUGUGGAACAGCCAUGCUCACACUCCCUCUCCCCACUGCUCCUCAUGUGGAACAGCCAUGCUCACACUCCCUCUCCCCACUGCUCCUCAUGUGGAACAGCCAUGCUCACACUCCCUCUCCCCACUGCUCCUCAUGUGGAACAGCCAUGCUCACACUCCCUCUCCCCACUGCUCCUCAUGUGGAACAGCCAUGCUCACACUCCCUCUCCCCACUGCUCCUCAUGUGGAACAGCCAUGCUCACACUCCCUCUCCCCACUGCUCCUCAUGUGGAACAGCCAUGCUCACACUCCCUCUCCCCACUGCUCCUCAUGUGGAACAGCCAUGCUCACACUCCCUCUCCCCACUGCUCCUCAUGUGGAACAGCCAUGCUCACACUCCCUCUCCCCACUGCUCCUCAUGUGGAACAGCCAUGCUCACACUCCCUCUCCCCACUGCUCCUCAUGUGGAACAGCCAUGCUCACACUCCCUCUCCCCACUGCUCCUCAUGUGGAACAGCCAUGCUCACACUCCCCCCCCCACUGCUCCUCAUGUGGAACAGCCAUGCUCACACUCCCUCUCCCACUGCUCCUCAUGUGGAACAGCCAUGCUCACACUCCCUCUCCCCACUGCUCCUCAUGUGGAACAGCCAUGCUCACACUCCCUCUCCCACUGCUCCUCAUGUGGAACAGCCAUGCUCACACUCCCUCUCCUCUGCUCCUCAUGUGGAACAGCCAUGCUCACACUCCCUCUCCCCACUGCUCCUCAUGUGGAACAGCCAUGCUCACACUCCCUCUCCCCACUGCUCCUCAUGUGGAACAGCCAUGCUCACACUCCCUCUCCCCACUGCUCCUCAUGUGGAACAGCCAUGCUCACACUCCCUCUCCCCACUGCUCCUCAUGUGGAACAGCCAUGCUCACACUCCCUCUCCCCACUGCUCCUCAUGUGGAACAGCCAUGCUCACACUCCCUCUCCCCACUGCUCCUCAUGUGGAACAGCCAUGCUCACACUCCCUCUCUCCACUGCUCCUCAUGUGGAACAGCCAUGCUCACACUCCCUCUCCCCACUGCUCCUCAUGUGGAACAGCCAUGCUCACACUCCCUCUCCCCACUGCUCCUCAUGUGGAACAGCCAUGCUCACACUCCCUCUCCUCUGCUCCUCAUGUGGAACAGCCAUGCUCACACUCCCUCUCCCCACUGCUCCUCAUGUGGAACAGCCAUGCUCACACUCCCUCUCCCCACUGCUCCUCAUGUGGAACAGCCAUGCUCACACUCCCUCUCCCCACUGCUCCUCAUGUGGAACAGCCAUGCUCACACUCCCUCUCCCCACUGCUCCUCAUGUGGAACAGCCAUGCUCACACUCCCUCUCCUCUGCUCCUCAUGUGGAACAGCCAUGCUCACACUCCCUCUCCCCACUGCUCCUCAUGUGGAACAGCCAUGCUCACACUCCCUCUCCCCACUGCUCCUCAUGUGGAACAGCCAUGCUCACACUCCCUCUCCUCUGCUCCUCAUGUGGAACAGCCAUGCUCACACUCCCUCUCCCCACUGCUCCUCAUGUGGAACAGCCAUGCUCACACACCCCCCCCCCCCACUGCUCCUCAUGUGGAACAGCCAUGCUCACACUCCCCCCCCACUGCUCCUCAUGUGGAACAGCCAUGCUACACACUCCCCCCCCCACUGCUCCUCAUGUGGAACAGCCAUGCUCACACUCCCUCUCCUCUGCUCCUCAUGUGGAACAGCCAUGCUCACACUCCCUCUCCUCUGCUCCUCAUGUGGAACAGCCAUGCUCACACUCCCUCUCCCCACUGCUCCUCACGUGGAACAGCCAUGCUCACACUCCCUCUCCCCACUGCUCCUCAUGUGGAACAGCCAUGCUCACACUCCGCCCCCACUGCUCCUCAUGUGGAACAGCCAUGCUCACACUCCCUCUCCCCACUGCUCCUCAUGUGGAACAGCCAUGCUCACACUCCCUCUCCCACUGCUCCUCAUGUGGAACAGCCAUGCUCACACUCCCUCUCCCCACUGCUCCUCAUGUGGAACAGCCAUGCUCACACUCCCUCUCCUCUGCUCCUCAUGUGGAACAGCCAUGCUCACACUCCCUCUCCUCUGCUCCUCAUGUGGAACAGCCAUGCUCACACUCCCUCUCCUCUGCUCCUCAUGUGGAACAGCCAUGCUCACACUCCCUCUCUCCACUGCUCCUCAUGUGGAACAGCCAUGCUCACACUCCCUCUCCCACUGCUCCUCAUGUGGAACAGCCAUGCUCACACUCCCUCUCCCCACUGCUCCUCAUGUGGAACAGCCAUGCUCACACUCCCUCUCCCCUCUGCUCCUCAUGUGGACCAGCCAUGCUCACACUCCCUCUCCCCACUGCUCCUCAUGUGGAACAGCCAUGCUCACACUCCCUCCCCCCACUGCUCCUCAUGUGGAACAGCCAUGCUCACACUCCCUCUCCCCACUGCUCCUCAUGUGGAACAGCCAUGCUCACACUCCCUCUCCCCACUGCUCCUCAUGUGGAACAGCCAUGCUCACACUCCCUCUCCCCACUGCUCCUCAUGUGGAACAGCCAUGCUCACACUCCCCCCCCCCACUGCUCCUCAUGUGGAACAGCCAUGCUCACACUCCCUCUCCCCACUGCUCCUCAUGUGGAACAGCCAUGCUCACACUCCCUCUCCCCACUGCUCCUCAUGUGGAACAGCCAUGCUCACACUCCCUCCCCCCACUGCUCCUCAUGUGGAACAGCCAUGCUCACACUCCCUCUCCUCUGCUCCUCAUGUGGAACAGCCAUGCUCACACUCCCUCUCCUCUGCUCCUCAUGUGGAACAGCCAUGCUCACACUCCCUCUCCCACUGCUCCUCAUGUGGAACAGCCAUGCUCACACUCCCUCUCCCCACUGCUCCUCAUGUGGAACAGCCAUGCUCACACUCCCCCCCCCACUGCUCCUUAUGUGGAACAGCCAUGCCCACACUCCCUCUCCCCACUGCUCCUCAUGUGGAACAGCCAUGCUCACACUCCCUCUCCCCACUGCUCCUCAUGUGGAACAGCCAUGCUCACACUCCCCCCCCCACUGCUCCUCAUGUGGAACAGCCAUGCUCACACUCCCCCCCCCACUGCUCCUCAUGUGGAACAGCCAUGCUCACACUCCCUCCCCCCACUGCUCCUCAUGUGGAACAGCCAUGCUCACACCCCCUCUCUCCACUGCUCCUCAUGUGGAACAGCCAUGCUCACACUCCCCCCCCCACUGCUCCUCAUGUGGAACAGCCAUGCUCACACUCCCUCUCCCCACUGCUCCUCAUGUGGAACAGCCAUGCUCACACUCCCUCUCCCCACUGCUCCUCAUGUGGAACAGCCAUGCUCACACUCCCCCUCCCCCACUGCUCCUCAUGUGGAACAGCCAUGCUCACACUCCCUCUCCCCACUGCUCCUCAUGUGGAACAGCCAUGCUCACACUCCCCCCCCCACUGCUCCUCAUGUGGAACAGCCAUGCUCACACUCCCCCGUGACCCCACUGCUCCUCAUGUGGAACAGCCAUGCUCACACUCCCUCUCCCCACUGCUCCUCAUGUGGAACAGCCAUGCUCACACUCUCCCCCCCCACUGCUCCUCAUGUGGAACAGCCAUGCUCACACUCCCUCUCCCCACUGCUCCUCAUGUGGAACAGCCAUGCUCACACUCCCUCUCCCCACUGCUCCUCAUGUGGAACAGCCAUGCUCACACUCCCCCCCCCACUGCUCCUCAUGUGGAACAGCCAUGCUCACACUCCCCCCCCCACUGCUCCUCAUGUGGAACAGCCAUGCUCACACUCCCCCCCCCACUGCUCCUCUCAUGUGGAACAGCCAUGCUCACACUCCCCCUCUCCCCACUGCUCCUCAUGUGGAACAGCCAUGCUCACACUCCUCCCCCACUGCUCCUCAUGUGGAACAGCCAUGCUCACACUCUCCCCCACACUGCUCCUCAUGUGGAACAGCCAUGCUCACACUCCCUCUCCCCACUGCUCCUCAUGUGGAACAGCCAUGCUCACACUCCCUCUCCCCACUGCUCCUCAUGUGGAACAGCCAUGCUCACACUCCCUCUCCCCACUGCUCCUCAUGUGGAACACAUGCUCCAUCCCCCUCACACUGAACCGCCACACUCUCCCCACUGCUCCUCAUGUGGAACAGCCAUGCCACACUCCCUCUCCCCACUGCUCCUCAUGUGGAACAGCCAUGCUCACACUCCCCCCCCCACUGCUCCUCAUGUGGAACCCCCACUGCUCCUCAUGUGGAACAGCCAUGCCUUGCGGCGCUGUAUCGAGCAGUGGCAGCGGCAGUCGGGGGAAAUCCUGGAGGGCAAACUGUUUAGUGCACUCACUGAAGUCGUUAGAUAUGAUUAAUAUUGUGCUGAGAGGCGGCAUCCGCCGUUUUGCUGUGUGGAAGUGCCCGUCGUCGGUGAGGAUUGGAUGGACCGGUGGUUGGAGCUAUCAGAGGGACUAUGUCUAA